UUCGGUGAGAACUGCUCAGCUGGCCCAGACUCCCCUCCUCAGCAGCUGUCCCCAGAACAUGGAGAGCCUGAGUGAACUACAGAACCCGCUGCUGCCCCGGAGCCCCGGCCCCCUCCACGGUCCCUAUUCCUACCCUGAGGCCCCACCCAGCUGGUCCUGCCAGGAGAAGCUCUACUCCUACCUCCUGGGCAGUGCUGACCCUGCUCGCGCCCACCAGCUCCUGGACCCAGGGUCCUUGCAGCUGGCCAUGGAGGCCUGGUAUCGGCCCAGCUGCCUACUGGGGAGGGACAAGGUCAAGGACCCCAGAGCAGCAAGCUGUGAGACCAGCUUCACGGAGGCCAAGGAGCCCCCGGCAGGACCCACAGAGCAGUGCCCAGAAGCCAGCCAGGCUGAGGAGGACGUCGCCAUCCAGACCGUGUCCUCUGGGGUUCAGGAGGAGCUGCAGAGCCAGGAGGACGAUGAGGAGGAGGAGACUGACGCGACCUCCACAGAGAGCGAAAGUGAGGACAGCUUCCGCACGCUGCCCCCCCGGGACCACCUGGGGCUCACCCUGUUCUCCAUGCUGUGCUGCUUCUGGCCGCUGGGCAUCGCUGCCUUCUACUUCUCCCAGGGGACCAGCAAGGCCAUCUCCAAAGGGGACUUCCGCCUGGCCAGCUCCACCUCCCGCCGGGCCCUCUUCCUGGCCACGCUCGCCAUCGCCGUGGGGGCCGGUCUCUACGUGGCCGUGGUAGUGGCUCUAGCAGCUUACAUGUCCCAGAACGGCCACGGCUAGCGCCCACCAGUAGGGCCAGCAUCUCGAUUCCCCGGCCCCCCUGAGGAAGCGGUGGGGCUCAGGGCUGCAGAUCCAUGCAGAGUGCUGGGCCUCAGAGAAAACCCGGGGGGUGGCUUGUGGGGGUUCCCGGUCUGCACCCUGCAGAGACCGACCUUCCCUUCUUCUCACCAGAGCAGACCAGGGGCCCCACUUCCAGCCCAGGCCACCAGGGAGCAGCAGACAGGGCCGCCCACCAGGCCGCCCCACAGGGCCUGGCCCAGCCUGUCCCGCCGUUCCUCAGGCUCUCCCGCCCACCCUGUCAGCAGCCUGCUACCCACUUUCGCCCCAGAGAAACCGCAGGAGGCUCCAGGGUGCCAGGGCAGGAGAGGGGUGCCAGGGACAGGGGAUUUGCCCCAGCCCAGUCACCCACAGGGGUCUUCAACGGGGGCAGCCUGAACGGCUCACCUUAACCCUCUGACCCCUGGUGCCCAAGGUGCCCAAGUCCAGCCGGUCAGGAGGGCGGCACGUGGAGACACAGGCACUCCCGCUCCUUCUGAUUCUAGGGGCUGCUUGUCUCCAGUGGGCAGGUGAGACCCUAGGUUUGGGCCGAGAAGUGGAGUGCCAGCGUGUGGCCCCUGCACUGAGGCGGGCAGGCUGCUGGAUGCCCUUGGGUAGGAACAAAGGGCAGAGGGGAGGCCGGGGGCCAGCGGGCCCUGAAGACUGCUGGGCCGCCUGGGCCUCCCCACUCUGCCCCUGCGCCACCCCAUAUUCUUUCCGGGCCCUGCCUGGGAGCCCUAAGCUGGCGCCCCAGGAGACAGAGAGUGACAGCAGCCCCCAGCACGCAGGGCAGGGCCCUCGGUCCGGGCCCUGGGAAAGGCAGUGAAAGAGUCCCCGAGGAGUGAGGGUAAGUGAGGGGGGACACAGGCAGACGGGCUGCCCCCUACAGAAGGUGUCCCUGAUCAAAGCCUAGAACGAGUAGACCCCAUGAGGGGAUUGUUUCCGCACACCUUCUUGUGUUGGUGGGCAGAGCAUCAGGCGAGCCCGUGCCUCAAAGACCAGUAAUGUUUCUCUUCUCUGAAUGCUGGGGAGGCGUGGCCCCUGAGGAGCGCUGGAGCUCCGCCCCUCAGGUCUGCCCGCUACUCCACGGCCUCCAGGCCAGAACUUCAGAGGCGUCAGGCCGGCAGCACCGGGCAGGAGGGCCCUUCGGGGGCCCAGGCUACAAGACCCCAUCGUGCAUGACUGGGGGACCUGGGCAUUCCCGUACCCUCCCAGAUGGCUCCAUGCCCCGCCACUGGCCACGCCUCGUCCCGUGCCCUCCCCACCUCCAGCACUGCCCGCCCUCCCCCCACUGCAUCACCGGCACUUUUAAUGCCCUUGUUGUAUUUAUCUAUCCUGGUAAUACACUUUUCUGUAACA